AUGCCGUCGCGGGCUCCACGUAAUCCGCCUUAUCCUCCCACGUCGAGCUCACCCGCCGCUCCCCCACAUGCGAACCUGGUCCCCUCGUCGAUCGAGAGGAGCGCUCCCCGUCUGAUACCCCAACAUGCACCCGUGCUGCCAUCCAUGAACGCGAAUCCAGCUACGUCGCCGUCGCAUCGCCACGGCCAUUCUCGCUCCAUCAGUCAACCGUUCCCUUCUCCCUUCGCCGGCGCGGGCAAGAGGCGGAACCGAUCCAUUCCGAAGCAGGACUUCCUUGACUCGGACGAUGACGACGACGAUGUGACCUACCUGCCCGAUCCCCUGUCGACCAGCCCGCGCAAGGGCCCGCCGCGCCCCGUGCCAGGCGAGGAUUUGACAACGGGGAAGUGCGUGACCUGUAAUUGUACGGUGCGGUGGCCGCGCAACCUCAAGGUCUUUCGCUGUACGGAAUGUCUUACGGUCAAUGAUCUUGAGCCGUACAGGGAAUCAAAUGACCCAAGCGGUCGGGGAAAGGAUGGGAAGCCCCCUGCGCCUGUGAUUCCUCGGAAAGCUAUAUCGCUUUCGGUCGAACGAACGAGGUCUUUGGCCGACGGAUGCGUCUCGAACUAUCUGAAAAAGCUUUUAGAAACUCCCAGCCCACGAUCUAUUCCCAUAAGAAGCCUGCCAGAUAAACCUUUUGUCGGACAGGAUGGGCUCUUAUCGAUAUCGCCAAAGCAAACAUCCGGAUACCUGUCGGAACCUCGCGCAGCCGUCGAUCCUCGCAGUCGAAGUUCUUCAGCCUCCGGACGACCUAGGCAUAUGAAUGGGAUGAAUGGGAAUACAAAUCCGGUGAAACCCAGCGGACCACCACCGGCUCCGUUGCAUGCAGAGGGAAGAGACCCUCAGACCAGAGGUCGGGAUAUGCCCAAUGCACCCAAAGGGGAUCGCCCGGCGCGGGAACCCGGGAGGCCUUUCCCCCCCGAGAGCAAAGACUCGAUGAGCCGCCCGUACAUAUUCAGGGCACUCGAGGAAUAUAUAAUAUCUUCUUUUAAAGGUUGCGAUUGCCUUAAUACUUCGUUUACGACGUCGCAAAAGCCCUUGCAGACUACCAAUGACAAUCCCUCUAAGAGAAAACCGGAGGCGACUGUGACACCGGGACACGCGCACCCAGUAUUCGAACCAGAUGCGAAGACCCUUCUCCUCGGCGAUCUGGCUGAGAAUUCCUCCUGGUGGAUGCACGACGACGAUGCGAUCGACACUUCCAGCCACACUCAUCCUAAAGAAAAACCCUCUGGUUCAUCCCGAGCGGUGAGCUCACGGAGUCCACGCAUCAACUGGGCGGAACUGGCACAGUGGUACCAAUCGAUAGUGACGGCAGGCUCGUCAUGGGUCGAACAAUGGUCAGAGAUGCAGCCCAGUAAUAUACAGGGAGAUGAAGAUUUGGUUAGACAUGAACGGUGGAAUGCCGUCGAUUUGAGCACGAUAGAAAGAGAGAUCAUUGAAUCCCGGUUGCAUCUACACCGAACGCUUCUCAAGGCGACCGAAAAUCUUCUCAAACGGCCGCGACGACCGAUCAAGAAGCCGGAGGAAGUUCGCUUCUUGCUGAUGCUAUUGGCGAAUCCAUUGCUGUACCCGUCUAGCUCGUCGAUGGCCACCUACGCUGCAGGCGCUCCGGCCCCUCGCACCGACAGAAGGCCUUCCCAUCCCAUGGAUGCCAACCAGAGACUGGCUCCCCCUACUGCCAAACCCGUUUCGUCCAGGCAUCGAAAUGGAGGACCGGGUCAUCACUCGGGCAUUAUCAAGCGGAUACUAGGGCAGUUGGCCAACUUGUCAAAUGACUGCCAUCACUACCUGGUCUCCUGGUUUUCUCGGUUUCCGUCGGGGCAGUUCGAAAAGACGGUUGAUCUUGUCGGUAGUUUUGUUACCUACCGCCUGACUCGUCAACAUGGACGGAAGCGCAGCGAAUCAGCCCAAAAUGAAGACAACAGCUUGAUACCAAGCUUUUCUAGCGCAGCCGGAAAUACUCCAGCCGAGCUCCAUGCUGCGAUCAACGGGAGAGGUCCCAACAAGCAGAAUAAUGACAAGCGAGAUAAGCCGGUGGUUUACAGCGACGAUUGGCAGCUCCGAGCCGCUGCUCGCGUGAUGUCCUUGCUGUUUACGGCCAACAACGCCAGCGUUUCACGAAGACCGGAUGCACCCGAGGCGGCGGGCUCGGCGACCAAAUACCAACCGCAACGGCGAGGGCAGAUGGUCCCAAUUAGCACAUUUUACAACACUCUACUCGAUUAUUCGGAUCUUGUGGCCGAUUUCGAGGCCUGGGAGACGAAGACCGCGAAGUUUUCCUUUUGCCAGUACCCCUUCUUCCUCAGUAUUUGGGCCAAGAUCCACGUUCUGGAGCAUGACGCUCGCCGACAGAUGGAGGUCAAGGCCCGUGAAGCCUUUUUCAACAGCAUAUUGAGUCGGAAAGCCAUCAGUCAGUAUCUUGUCCUGAAGGUGCGGCGUGAUUGUCUGGUAGAAGACAGCCUUCGUGGGGUCAGUGAGGUCGUCGGGUCUAGCCAGGAAGAAAUCAAGAAAGGUCUGCGGAUUGAAUUCGUCGGAGAAGAGGGCGUUGAUGCCGGAGGUCUUCGCAAAGAGUGGUUCCUGCUCUUGGUCCGGGAGGUUUUUGACCCUCAUCACGGACUCUUUAUCUACGACGAAGACUCUCAAUAUUGCUAUUUCAACCCGUACUGCUUCGAAUCUUCGGAACAGUUCUUCCUGGUCGGCGUUCUACUGGGGCUGGCCAUCUACAACUCGACCAUCCUGGACAUUGCUCUACCACCCUUUGCCUUCAAAAAGCUUUUAGCCGCGGCACCUCCCACCGGGACGGGACUGCAAGUGGCGGCGACGCGCUCACCGUUCAAAUGCAGCCUGGACGAUCUGGCGGAAUACCGACCGUCGCUGGCCAAGGGUCUCCGGGCUCUGUUGGACUUCGAAGGGGAUGUCGCCGACACGUUCUGCUACGAUUUUGUGGCACAAGUAGAUCGGUAUGGAGAGGUGGUGUCAGUACCUCUAUGCGCUGGAGGCGAGAAAAGGCCGGUGACAAACGCCAACCGGCGGGAGUUUGUGGAUUUGUACGUUCACUAUCUUCUGGAUACGGCCGUCACGCGGCAAUACGAGCCCUUCAAACGCGGGUUCUUCACCGUGUGCGGCGGCAAUGCGCUGUCACUCUUCCGACCCGAGGAAAUCGAACUGCUGGUGCGUGGCUCGGACGAAGCGUUGGACGUGGCCUCGCUACGGGCAGUGGCCACGUAUGACAGCUGGUCGCACCCCCGGCCGGAGACGGUGCCGGCGGUACGGUGGUUUUGGGACUUCUUUGAGCACACGCAGCCCGCGGCACAGCGUAAGAUCCUAUCGUUCAUCACGGGAAGUGACCGGAUCCCCGCCAUGGGAGCGACGAGCCUCUCGAUCCGGCUGAUGUGUCUGGGCGAUGAUUCGUCGCGAUAUCCGACGGCGCGCACUUGUUUCAACAUGUUGGGUCUCUACCGAUACGAAUCGCGCGAGCGAUUGGAGCGGAUGCUGUGGGAGGCGGUGUUGAACAGCGAGGGCUUUGGCUUGAAGUAG